AUGGCCGGCUUCAUGUACUCGCCAUACAGCGCCUACCAGCACUUCGGGCACACCGGCCCCGCUCCGCAGCCCCCCGCCCGGAACAAGCAGCCCACCUGGAAGUCCGGCAAGAGUUCCGAGCCCUCCGACUACCUGGACAACCUGCAGAGGGCCCAACUGAAGGCCAUUCUGUCCCAAGUCAACCCCAACCUCACCCCCCGUCUGCGGAGGGCCAACACCAAGGAGGUGGGGGUGCAGGUGAACCCGCGGGUGGAAGUUGGGGUACAGUGCUCUCUGGGGCCCCGCACCCUCCGGAUGUCUGUGUCCAGGCACUCUUUUAUAGCAGGCCUGCCAGCUUUCCUGGAGCAAAAAUAUGGCUAUUUCCACUGCAAAGACUGUAAGACGCGAUGGGAGAGCGCCUACGUCUGGUGUAUUUCUGGAAGCAACAAGGUUUAUUUUAAACAGCUUUGCCGCAAAUGCCAGAAAGGAUUCAAUCCGUACAGAGUGGAAGAGAUUCAGUGUCAGGUUUGUUCAAAGACUCGUUGCUCCUGUCCACAAAAGAAAAGACACAUAGAUCUGAAGAGGCCUCAUCGCCAGGAACUGUGUGGUCGCUGCAAAAACAAAAGGCUGUCUUGUGACAAUACGUACAGCUAUAAAUAUAUAGUCUGAUGGGGAGCGUGGCAUUACGACUGAAGAGCACUUUGUUCAACCGCAUUGC